GUUUGUUGAUUCGUCAUCGGCACGGCGGCUCGUUAAGAGGCAGUGUAGUGCUAUAUUGCCAAAGGGUGUCCGCAACCAGUGGAAAAUUGGCUCAUAUUGUUUGAACAGAGCUCAAGCCAAAGUCGCAAAGAGCUUGGAACGGAACCCAAAUCAGAAUCUCAAGGAAGUUUGAGCAGCGAUUCCUCGCGCAGCACAACUUGGAUAGAGGAAGCAAACAAACGGCGCACGUACGCGGGUAGAACGCGCGGCCGAUGUUAUGUCGAAGGCGCGCCGCUUGCAACAAUAGUCACCGCCGCUACUGCCGCCGUCCGAAUCCUCGGCCUUAAAAGCCUCCCAAAGAUUGUUCGUCGACGGCCGCUGCAGGCCUGGACGCAAGGACUCCAGCGCGAGUGAUGAGUUGAUGCUUAAUCGCCGGAGAUCGUAAUCGUCGUGGUGAAAGUGUAAGAGUGCAAGGGACACGCGGAAUAGGCGGUGAGGGAGAUAGACUCUUCUUUUUCAGCACACGAGACUACCGCUGCGUUAGUGUAGGUGCGCGCGCGCGCGCCUGUCCGGGGCACGAGGCUUAAUGCACCUAGAGGUUCACAACUGGUAAAGGAUAAAAGUUACUGCAGGUUAGCAAAACCAAUUAUUUGCAAACUAUAAAUUCUGAAUGAUCUGCAGCUGAGGGCUGCCCAAAUUUUGGCUUUGAAAAGAGCCAAAAGCAACCACAAAGGUCACAUAGGACAUGAGUGCACCAGCUAUAAAGUCAUCCAUGCCUGGAGUAGGGACACCUACUGCAUCUACUGGCCAUACCAUGUUGCCAAUGAACAUGGUAGCCCAGAAAGUGGUGCCAUCCACUGAUCAGGCAAGCAGUGGCAUGAAGCCACUGCAAGGUACCAAUCUCAAUUAUGUGACGCUACAGCCAGCCAGUCAACCCCUUAGUUUGAUUCAAGAACAUCGAGCACCUACUUACCAGACACCUUUUUCCAAUAACAUUCCAACUGAGCAACAACAACAGCCACCACCACAGCCACAAUCACAAGUGCAGCCACAACCACAGCCGCAACAACAGCCACAGUCACAGCCACAACUGUUACAUAAAGAGUUAGAACAGCAACAGGAUCUUAACAAGCUUGUACAAAAUGGCACAGAGCUACCAAAGAUCGAAAAGGACAAACAGGAAAAUCUUGGAUCAGCUAUACCUAUUUCAACAGCCCCAAUUGUUAGUGCUGCGUUACCAACUACAGUUUCAUUACCAAUAGUGGUGCCAGCUAUUCCCAUUAACGUCUCAUCCGUUCCUAUAGUGAGCAAUAUUAUAAACACCACAUCAGUACCACCUAUUCUGCCUGCAGUCGUAGUCACAGUACCAAUGACAACUUCCCCAGUCAAACUACCGAUGGAGCAACCAAAAGUCAAUAGCUCUAAUGUAGACGGACCUAUCAUUGAGCGACAUCAGGAGCCAGAAAUUACGCCGAAAUCAAAGGAUGAGUCUACUCAAGGGAAAUCAGAUAAUCAAGAAAAAAUGUUAAAUUUAGUGCCAGCACCAAUUGUACAAAAUAAAGAAGAAAAUAAGUCUCCCAUAAGCACUCCACCAAAAGAAGACACUACUUUGGUUUGUACGUCACCACAAAAAAUAUCAUUAACACCAGUAUCAUCGUAUAAAUCUGAAGAGAGUUCACCUAAAACAGAAUCUCCUUUGCAAAAAUCACAGAAAAUGGCGACAGUAAAAUCCCCCGAAAUUCUCGAAAAGAUAGAUAUCAAGGAAACUAAAAUACCAGUAUCACGACCUGCCAAGAGAAAAUCACGAGAAUUAAAAGAACCUAAAAACACAAGCUCAGAAGGUGGCCCAAGAUCGAAAAGAAAUAGAGUUCAGACGACUCCGUAUCAAAGUCCAUUACCCGAGAUUGCGAUGAUAGUAAAAAAUUUGUCUAAACCAUCGCCUAAGGGUUCUGAUGACAAGCUUAUUGUAUUUUACAAGAAUGAAUUUUUAGCUGUAAGAAAUACGGAAGGAAGCUUCUAUGUUUGUCAAGCAAUGCAAAACAUUUACAAAUCUAGUAAACGUAUUCGUAUUCGUUGGCUUUGCCAAGAUAAAAAUAAUGGUGAAAUAUAUUCUCCAGAUUUUUACGACUUUACAGAUUUUGACUGUAUAUUGACAAAUCUGAAUUUAAACAAAGUCGAAAAGAACAAAUACCAAUUGACCAAAUAUGAAUUAUUAAGAACAGAAAAUAUUUUGAAAAGAGCUAUUGACGUUGAAGCUGGUGUUUCAGAAAAACCACGGGUGACUGAAGAACAUCCUGAUGGUUUGGACUUAUCAUUAUAUAAAGACGAAGCACAAUUGAAGAAGAGAAAAGGAAAAGGAAAGACUGGCAAAAGUAGUAAAGGAAAACGCCAACGUAAGAAGAGUAACAAAGAAUCUAGCGACUCCGAUGGAGAUGGAGAUGAAGAUGAUUCAGAAGAAAAUGAAAAUGGCGAUGAUUCAAAUGACAGUUCUUCCGAUGUCGAAUCACUUGAAAAAAAAUCAUCCCCAUCGAAUUCUCGCAAAGGAAGUCAGAUAAAAAAACGGUCGGGUAACAAAACUGCAAUUGUACAGACCUCUGUAGCAUUGAAGGGUCCAAGUAGAGCCGAGCGAGCUCUUAAUAGAAGCAAGGGCCCAGUUGGACCCAGCACUUCCGCCGCACUGAGUAGUACUUCCGCAUUUGUUUCAAGUAAUAAAAAAUCACCCGAAUUGAAAAAGACUGCUGAAUUGAAGAAAGUCGUCACCAAAUUACCCGUAAGCAGCACUGCUAGUACACCAACACAAUCUAGAGCAAAACCACGCGUAGGUGCUGCAGCAUCUGCAUCGACACAAGAUCCCAAGACAACCAGCCGCCCUAAGCGGGUGGCUAGUACCACAACAAUCCCAUCGUCAUCGAAUGAAGAUAGCUCGACUCGUAAAAAACCGCGUGGUCGUGCAUAAAGCGACCUUACACUCACCUUAACUACGCGUUAUGCGUACAACAGCGUCUGCAUCGUAGGUAACAUCUAUACGUCGUGCGAGGAUUUAAAAAUUAAAUAUAUGCAAUUGGAAAAGCGAGAUUAAAAGGGAAU